AUGCCUGCCAUCCACCCUCUCCAAGCACGGUUCCUAGAAGACUCAAACGGCAACGGCGGAAUCUCACCGACAGCUAUUGCCCUCAUUGUAUGCCUCGGAAUUGUACCAUGCAUCAUCUUGAUCUGGGCAGUCUGCUACCUCUUCUGGGCCUAUCCAUAUGACCGCAACUGCUGCUGCAUCAAGCGAAAGCGCCGCCCGGAACCGCAAAGCGUACUGAACCAAGCGCCCAUGAGCGAGGAGACACUAUUCGAAAAGCAAGGUGUGGCACCUCCACAAAGACCUUUCUCUGUUCAGACCAGGACCGAGUCGGGGAGCUCAAACAACAAUGGGCGCCUGCAAAAGCAGCAGAGGCCUGGCAGUGGGGUCGACACCCGCGGCGCGCGCAUGAGCCAGCAGAGCGUUAUGAGUGCGAACACCAUGACGUACGCCCAAGAGCCUCAGCGAUUCGUGUGA